AUGAACGGCGUGGUCGAGGCGCUACACAUCUACGACGAGCACAACGCCCCCGUCCUCUCGCACACCUACGCCUCGCGUCCCCUCUCGGCCACGCACCUGAUCCCCCUUUACCUCGAGCACCCCGUCCCGCGCCCCAACCUCGUCUACCUGUCCAACACCAACCCGCCGACGCUGGUAUUCAGCCUCCACCAUGCGAACCUACUCUUACUGCUGACGACCUCGUCCGAGGUCGAGCCGCUGCUGAUUCUCGAGUUCCUACACCGCGUGGUCGACUCGCUGGAGGAGUUUCUAGGCGCACCGCUGCUGGCACCGAAGAUUGAGGCGAACUAUGAUGUGGUUGCGCAGUUACUGACGGAAAUGUGCGAUGGCGGAGCGGUGGGCACGACGGAGCCGAAUGCGCUGCGGGACUUGGUUGAGGUCGAGGGGUUUAUGGAUAAGUUGCUGGGGAAUUUGAAUUUGCCGUCAAAACCCGCCUUCGCAAACUCCACCCCAACCCUGCACCACCCCUCCUCCCAAUCCACCCCCGCGCUCCCCUGGCGCCGCGCCAACGUCCGCCACACCUCCAACGAGCUCUACGCCGACAUCAUCGAGACCCUCUCGGUAACCCUCGCCCCCUCCGGCCGGCCCCUCGCCGCCCUCGCCAGCGGCACCAUCGCCUUCACCUCCAAAGUCUCCGGCGUGCCCGACCUCCUCCUCACCCUCGCGGGACCCUCGGGCAACAAACACAGCCUGGGACGGGUUAUCGACCUGCCGGUGUUCCACCCCUGCGUGAGGCUGGCCAGGUGGAGGGAACAGCCCGGGGUGCUGAGCUUCGUGCCGCCGGAUGGGCGGUUUACGUUGGCGGGGUAUGAGGUGGAUUUGAUGCCGUUUGCGGCGAUGGCGGAGGAUGGAGGGUGGAAUAAGUCGGCGGCGGCGAUGCUGAAGUUGCCGGUUUCGUUGGAGAUUAAGACGGGGCUGGGGCCGACGGGGUCGGAUUUCGAGGUGCGGGUGCAGGUGAAUCGGGUGUUUGGGCCGGCUGGAGGGGGUGGUGGGUCAGGGGGAACUGGUGGUGGCGGUGGUGUCGGGAGGGGCUUUGGCGUGGGCGUACCGCAUGCCGGGACGCCAGGGGCACCGGCGUUACAGGACUUAUCCGUGUCGGUGCCUCUACCGGCAGACGUGCGGAACCUGUCAGAAAUCCGCCCUACGAGAGGCGACGCCACGUAUAACCCCGGAGACCGGACGUUGGAGUGGUCCAUCUCCAAUAAGGAGCUGGCUCAGGGCACGUCGUCUUUCGGGCUGCGCUGCACCGUCGUUGGGCAAAACAACGGAGACGACGAUGACGAUGAGGCGGACUCGGACCCGACCGGUUUCGGUUUCGGCGGUGCGAGUAGCGCCUACGCUUACGACGAAACCUACCAGAGCUCGUCACCCACCAAAUCAUCCAAGUCAAAACCAACAUCGUCAUCAUCAUCUGAUCCAGCAGCGUCCGGGGAUAAAGACGACCGACGAGCGGCACAGAACAAGAUCCUGAUGCCCAGCUCGGCAUCGGUCAGCUUCGCCGUCAAGGGCUGGCUGGCGAGUGGCAUCAAGGUCGAGAGCAUCACGCUCGACCCGCGCAAGAGUCGUGGGCUGGGCGAGAGUGUGAAGCCGUAUAAGGGCGUCAAGUACCUGACGAUCAGUAAGGGUGGGGUGGAGAUUAGGUGUUGA